AUGGCCAAGCUCAUUCUUGUCGCUGGUCUGGCCCUUCUGCUGAAUGCUUAUCUGGGGUCUGCCUAUAAACUGGUAUGCUACUUCUCCAACUGGGCCCAGUAUCGGCCAGGCCUAGGGCGUUUCACACCUGAUAACAUCGACCCUUGCCUGUGUACUCACCUGAUCUAUGCUUUUGCUGGGAUGCAGAACAAUGAGAUCACCACCAUAGAAUGGAAUGAUGUUGAGCUCUACAAAGCUUUCAAUGGCCUCAAAAACAGGAAUAGCAAUUUGAAAACCCUCUUGGCCAUUGGAGGCUGGAACUUUGGAUCUUACCCCUUCACUACCAUGGUCUCCACUGCCCAGAACCGCAAAACCUUCAUCACUUCAGUAAUCAAAUUCCUGCGCCAGUAUGGGUUUGAUGGGCUGGAUCUGGACUGGGAAUACCCAGGCUCACGUGGAAGCCCUUCUGGGGACAAGCAUCUCUUCACAGUCCUGGCAAAG